AUGGCUACUGAUCACGCGCAGACUGCGCGUUGGCAAGACGACUUGCUGCCACACAUUAUCGACCGGCUGGCCAGGGAGCGACCCGACGGGAUUUACGGACUCUGGCCCGUUGCACCCGACUCUUACGCAGCCGGCUUCCGCACCGUCACUUAUGCCCAGCUAGCCAAUGCCGUUAACGGCCUGGCCUGGUGGCUCGUUCAACAUCUCGGGCCCAGCCAGCAGAGCAGGGUACUGGCCUAUGUGGGCCCCAACGACGUGCGACUCGUUGCAUUGGGGCUGGCCGCAAUCAAGGCCGGCUAUACGGUAGGGGCCGUUGUCCCGCGGCAUGGAAGCCUGACUCUCUUCCUCACGUCCCCGCGCAAUAGCCCAGCUGCACACCGAGCGCUGUUUGAGUCACUCGAGUGUCGGACUCUAGUGACGACCGAUCCAACUCCGCCAUCGGCGCUCCCGAUACUCGAAGCUGUCAACCCAACGCAGCUGACAGCCCCAAGCGUCGACGAUGUACUUGGCAUAUCGUAUCCGCCGUACGUCUACGAAAAGACGUUCCAGGAGGCGCGCUGGGAUCCACUCUUCAUCAUACACACAUCCGGAUCAACAGGUUUGCCGAAGCCCCUAAUCUGGACACAAGAGACAGGAGCACGUCAACACAACCUCAGUGCCCGCGAGCCCCCCGACGGAGGACCCUCUAUUGACAGUUUCUGCCAUGGGGAGAGGGUCUUAGUGACUCUCCCACCGUUUCAUGGAGCCGGCCUGGCCCAAUACCUUAUGAAUGCCGUUCCCUUCGGUAACAUCGCAAUUGCGCCAGCAGCUGUGGGUAUUGCCACUGCCGAGGGACUUGUCGAUGCUCUGAAGCAAACGCCAGCCAGCAUAGCAGUGCUGGUACCGUCUGUGGUGGCAGAAUUGGCCCAGAACCCCGACCUGCUCGACUACUGCGCGGCACAUCUCAAGAUGAUUCUCUAUAUCGGAGGUGACUUGCCACAAGCUAUUGGAGAUCGUGUUGCCGCCAAGGUCCGGCUGCGUUGCCAAUGGGGGGCUUCAGAGGUGGGCAUCCCACAGCAGCUGAUGCCCCCUGAGCUGGGGCCGAUGGAUUGGCGUUACAUCCGCUUCCAUCCAUCCGUUGGGGCUUUCUUUGAUGAGGUUACCGAUGGCGCCUAUGAGCUCGUGAUACGGCGCGACGAGGCUCGCACGGAUACGCAACCCGCAUUCAGCGUUCGCGGUCAAGACCAGCUCAAGGAAUACCGUACACGCGACCUUUUUGAGCGCCAUCCCACGGUUCCUGACGCAUGGUGUUGGCGUGCCCGCGCAGACGACAUAAUCGUCUUCCUCAAUGGCGAGAAGACCAACCCUGUCUCGAUGGAGCAGCAUGUUGUGGCCAGUAACCCCGAGCUGAGCGGCGCCAUUGUCAUUGGGGCUCAGCGGUUCCAGGCUGCUUUGCUGAUCGAGCCGACAUCGGAAAAGGGUAUACAAGACACGGCUGAGCCAGCCGCCCUAGUAGAGCGGGUGUGGAAAAGUGUCCAAGAAGCUAAUCAGGCAGCUCCGGCACACGCGCGCGUCGAAAAGGCGCUGAUCUUAGUUACUUAUCCCGAUCGCCCCCUGAUUCGUGCUGGUAAGGGAACAAUUCAGAGGUCCGCCAGUCUUGCCCAGUAUACUGCCGAGAUUGACAGGUUAUACGCAAAUGCGGACUUGGCUUUGGAAGAUGAUGUUGCCGCCAGCCUGGUUGACCCGACCGACGUAGAAGAAACCGCGGUUUUCAUCCGAGAUACUGUGCAAUCCAUUACGGGCUGGCAGGGACUAGAUGAGUCGGUUGACUUCUUCGCACACGGCAUGGACUCGUUGCAGGCGCUCCAGCUCACGCGUGUCCUACGACGUGGCCUUCGCCGUAAUGACCUCGCCUUGUCUACGGUGUACAAGAAUUCCACUGUUGCGCAGCUAAACGCGGCGAUCCUCGCCCGACAUGAAGGGGCUGAUGAUGCCGACAUACUGGCGUCCCUAUUGUCGACGUACCGCGGUCUCAUACACCAGAUGGAAAAACCACCGCAGCUCGAUCGGGCCAAAGCAGGCGUCGUCGAUGUCGUCCUGACUGGCUCUACUGGAACACUGGGCACGUACAUGCUGCGCUCGCUGCUCGGUCGGGCGGGUAUUGGACACGUCUACUGCCUGAACCGUGCCGAGGACGGCGGCCGCAGUGCCCAAGCUGGUCGCUUCGCCGCCGCCAACCUACCCUCAGACGGGCUCGCCGACCGCGUCACCUUUCUGCACGCAGACCUGGCACACCCCACACUGGGCCUGGACAAGACGACGUACGAAACCCUGCGCGCCCAAGUCGGAAUCGUCAUCCACAACGCCUGGCCCGUGAACUUCAACCUCGGACUGUCGGCCUUCCGGCCGCAGCUGGUCGGGCUGGUGAACCUGUUCGCCCUCUCUGCCGCCGCCGCCCCACGCGCCAUGCGCAUCGUCUUCAUCUCGUCCGUAGGCGCCGUGGGGGGCCGACCCGCCGCCGCCGGGCCCGCGCCCGACGCCGUGCUCGAGUCGCUCGACACGCCCAGCCCCAAUGGCUACGCGCGGAGCAAGUUCCUCAGCGAGCUAUUCUGCGACACCGCGGCGCGGCACCUCGGGAUCGCCGUCGCCAUUGCGCGCGUAGGGCAGGUUGCCGGGCCGGUCCGGCAGUCCGGCAUGUGGAACCGGGCCGAGUGGCUGCCGAGUCUGGUGGUUAGCUCCAUACACCUCGGGUGUCUGCCAGACAGCCUCGGUCCCCAGUUCUCCGAGGUCGACUGGAUCCCCUCGGACCUGCUGGCCGAUGUCGUGGUCGACCUCGCCAGCCUCUGGGGCAUCAGCCCCGGUGCUCAUGUCUUCAACUUGCGCAACCCGCACACGACGGCGUGGAAUGCUCUGCUUCCCACCAUCCAAAGCACGGUACAGGCUGGGCUUGGUCAGUUGCUAGAAGUGGUGCCUUCGGAUGUCUGGCUGUCGCGACUGCAAGAAAGCAUCGCGGCCACGAACAGAGGUGGUGAAGAUGCCCUGGCCGCGGCUGCUGUUGUCAACCCGGCCAUCAAGCUGUUGGACUUUUACCGCUACGGCCUUUGGGCGCGAGAGGUCGCCUCUCAGCAAAUGACGGUCGAGCAUGCCCUGGUUAGCCAGACGUUGCGCGAUAUGCCGCCCGUGAGCGAUGCGUGGAUGCGGCAGUGGGUUGAAGAGUGGAUAGGGGCUCGGGGUUUGAAGAGCGGAUAG